CGGAUGAGGUCACUCUUUGUGGCGGCGGCUGUUGGCAAGAUGGCGCCGGUGCUGGCGGAGAAGAAGCUGCUGGGGCCGGACGCGCCCGCGCCGGGCGAGUUCCUCAGCGAGGAGGAAGAAGGCCAGAGCCUCUGGCUUUCAAUACUAAGUGAAGUUUCUACUCGAUCGAGGUCUAAAUUACCCUCUGGGAAAAAUAUUCUUGUUUUUGGUGAUGACGGCUCGGGCAAAACAACACUAAUGACUAAAAUACAAGGAGCAGAGCAUGGCAAGAAAGGAAGAGGGCUGGAAUACCUUUACCUGAACAUUCAUGAUGAGGACCGAGAUGAUCAAACCCGCUGUAAUGUCUGGAUUCUUGACGGGGACUUGUACCACAAAGGGCUCUUAAAGUUUGCUGUUUUGCCGGAAUCGCUGCAAGAGACCCUGGUAAUCUUUGUGGCGGACAUGUCGAGACCAUGGACUAUUAUGGAAUCUUUACAAAAAUGGGCCAGCGUCUUGCGUGAGCACAUUGAUAAGCUGAAAAUCCCCCCUGAAGAGAUGAGAGACAUGGAGCAGCAGUUUGUGAAGGCAUUUCAGGAGUACAUGGAGCCUGAGGAAGGCUAUCAGGGAUCACCACAGAGAAGAGGCCCGUCGGGCCAAGAUGAUGAAAAUGUUGCUUUACCACUUGGGGACAACGUGCUGACCCACAACCUUGGAAUUCCUGUGAUAGUUGUUUGUACGAAGUGUGAUGCAAUGAGCAUACUAGAAAAGGAACAUGACUACAGAGAAGAACAGUUUGACUUUAUUCAGUCCCACAUUCGCAGAUUCUGCUUGCAGUAUGGUGCAGCCUUGAUUUAUACAUCAGUUAAGGAGGAAAAGAACCUCGAUUUGUUGUAUAAGUACAUUGUACAUAAAACAUACAGCUUUCACUUUGCCACACCUGCCUUAGUGGUCGAAAAGGAUGCUGUUUUCAUACCUGCUGGCUGGGACAAUGAAAAGAAAAUUGCCAUUCUGCACGAAAACUUGACAACAGUGAAACCUGAAGAUGCGUAUGAAGACUUCAUUGUAAAACCACCAGUAAGAAAGUUAGUGCAUGAUAAAGAGCUUGCAGCAGAAGACGAACAAGUGUUUCUUAUGAAGCAGCAGUCUUACCUUGCCAAGCAGCCGGCUACACCUACAAGGGCUUCUGAAUCUCCUGCAAGAGGGCCUUCCGGAUCACCGAGACCCCAGGGCAGACCUUGUCCUGCCACUGUCCCCAGUGCCUCACCAAUAGCAUCCGUUAAGAAGCCAGAUCCAGCUAUUAAAAAUAAUGCUGCCAGCGAAGGCGUCCUGGCCAGCUUCUUCAACAGUCUGUUGAGUAAAAAGACCGGCUCUCCUGGGAGUCCUGGAGCAGGAGGCGUGCAAAGUACAGCCAAAAAAUCAGGGCAAAAAACAGUUUUGACGAAUGUUCAAGAAGAACUGGAUAGAAUGACUCGCAAGCCAGACUCGAUGGUAACGGCCAACUCGUCUCCGACAGAGAACGAAGCUUGAUAACGCCUAAACCUGCAUAUGUAAAUGACCAAAUAACUAUGUACAUUGAUCUGAUAAGACCAGGAGCUCUCUGCUGUUGUGGCAG